ACAGAUUCUAAUAAGUUGCAAAAUAAAGAGCCUAAAGCUGUAAGAAAAAUUAAAAAAUGGCAAUGAGAUCAAGAAAAUCAAUAAUGCUGAAAUAAAAAUAGAAACGUGAAAAAUUAUAAUAAAACUACAGUUCAAUUCUGAGAUAAUUUUGAAUCUAAAAUCAUUAUGAUAAUUCUUUAAUUUGCACUUAAACUGUGAGUGAUUAUCAAAAGUAAGAAGAUGGAAGAGGAAAAGUCUCAUUUAAAUGAAGAGACAAAAAAGGAAAUAAUACAAAGUUUAAAUAAUACAAUCGGUGCUGAUGUUAACAAUCUAUCCGGUGCAUGCUCUUUAGAAUCUGAAUUGAAUCGUAAGAAGGCAUCGUUACAAAGUAUCUUAAGUGCGUCAAGUGAUGAAGUUCCAACUAAACUACCCUCUGCAAUUAAAAAAGCUGAAUCAAACUCAAAACAAAUAGACAAUAUUCGAGACAAAAGAUGUCACCUAAUAAAGAAAUUAGAGAGCUUUUUCACCAGAACCGAGCCUCUUACAAAAGAGCUCGACAAAAGGUUCAAAGACAUUGGCAGGCUAGAGGAAGUGGUUUCAUAUUUUAACAUGUACUCCAUGAUGGAUGAUAUAAGCAAUGAAAUGAAACAAUGUAAAGAUGAUGAACAACUGGUCACUCUGUAUACAAAGAUGAAGCAAAUAUGCAUUGAAAAUCAAAAAGCUCACCAGGCUGCUCAUUUGAAAGAAUACACACAUUAUUGGCAUAAUGUUUUAAAAGACCAUCUGACCAAGCAUUAUGAAGAUGUACUUAAACAAAUAAACUGGCCAUUGUCUUCAGCGGAGACUCCACAGCUGUCGAAAGAAGUGUUAAAUAAAUUCUCCAAUCUAACCCGAUAUUUGUUCCUCAUACAAGAACCUAAAGAUAUAACAGCAACUACUUCUACAGGAGACUUCGUACAAGGACAAGACCCAUGUCUCCCGGUGCGAGUUCUACUGCGGCCUUUGAAAAAGCGGUUCGCGUUUCAUUUCACGGGAUCACGUCAAACUGCCCGGAUUGACCGCCCGGAGUGGUUCCUCACCCAAACCUUGACCUGGAUAAAGGAUCACCAGGAAUUUGUUAAGACCAACGUGCAACCUAUCGCUGAGAAGCUGCAAAUUAAAGAUGUUAAUGCUGUGGAUGAAUUUAACGCUGGUCUGAUAGCAUUGGCCGCUGAAAGACUGCAUACAGUGCUCGGUAUAUACAACACGCAAGGUACGAAGGGAGAGAUGCUGGACGUGGAUGCUGCGUUCGCCCACGCCGUGGACGAGACACUCGGAUUCCACAAGGAACUGACUGCCAUAACUGGCACAGAAGUCAACAGUGUCAUAUCUGUCUUGACUAAAGCGGAAACUUUCAUUGUAUGGUUGGCUGUUGAAAAAAAAUAUGCUCUAGCAAAAAUGGACGAAACGUUGGGCAGUGACCAAUGGGUGGAGCCGGUGGCGGCGGGCGUUGGCGCGGCCGUUGGCUCCGUGCUAUGGGUGCCGCGUGGUGCUGACUGGUUCAUAACGCUGCUGAAGACCAUUGAGGACAGAUACGCCAUGCUGCCGCAGCCUGGACACCGAUUACAAUUCCUGGAGCUCCAAUUAGAACUCAUAGAAGAAUGGCGCAUCCGUCUGACUCAGCUGCUAAACGCAGCCACGUCGAACCUGAAGCCCGACUCGUUCCUCAUGCCGGGCCCGCAUCCUCUCAUAGCGAUCAUCAACGCGGGCCACUACGUGCGAACCGUGCUGUUGCAGUGGGCACAUUCGCUGCACUACCUCCAGUUGCACUUCUAUAGGCGCCAGUUCCUGCAGUACACACAGCAGCAGCACAAGGACGAUGAGGCUGGCGGUGCAGAUAUGGACGACGACAGCGAGUCUACCAGCAGUUUGGACAGCGAUGACACCACCGGCGACGAUACCACCAGACACGGCUACGCUGAAGCUAAGGAAGAUCCUGAUCCAAGUCUAUCAUUGAACGAAGUAGAAGAGCGAGCCAAGACUCAGGCCCUGAAAGAAGUGACUAAGCGACGAACUUUGGCUUACAAAAUCAGCCCUCUGGAUAUUAUUCCCGCUAUCGUCAACCUGGCAGUGGCCGAGCCUCUCGCUGAAGAGGACCCGGAGGAGGGCGGCGUGUUCGUUGACGCGCCCGCACUCCAGGACCUCCUGAAGCACAUGGGCGUGUCAGCGCUCGUGGAGCACAUCCUGCUAGAAUUCAAGGCCACCAUACGCGACUAUAAGAACCAGAAAUGGCACGCCAUGAUAACAAUGGAGGCGCGCGCGCUGAGCGUGUCGUCGCCGCUGUGCGCGCCGCUGUCGGCGCUGUGCGCGCGCCUCGCCAUCGCGACCGGCGCGCUGGCGCCGCAGAUCGCCGAAAGCCUGCGAGCGCGCCUCGCCACGGACGUCGACGAUUACAUCUUUGAGGAGGUGGUGCUAGAGAGCUGGUUCAACACGGGCGGCACCAUUCAGUUCACGUACGACGUGAAGAGGAACCUCGUGCCCUCGCUGUCGCCGCUCAACAAGCACACUCCACACACCAAGCCGUUGCCCAAACUGCUCGAAGCCUGUAUAAUCCUGAACUUGGACUACGAAGACGCGCGUCACCUGCGCUCGCUUCUACUGAAACAACCCAAAGAUGGCGCAACCACCCUCAUCACCAACGGCAUAACCCACAUCGAGCCCAACCAAGUGACCAGGAUCCUCAACCAGAGGACCGACCUCAGUGAUGUCGCUUCACCGUCUUCGGUGAUGGAAUUAUUCUGAAGCUUCGAAGGAGGUGGCGUCUAAACAGUGAAAAUACCAUCGCACUUGAGCGUAUAAGGUGGAUUGUUCCUCGCUUUGUAUCACACGUUUCAGUUGUAUUAAACAACAUGCAAAUGGUCGAUUUUAUCAUUCGAUUGUAAUGCGUAACUAGUUUCAAAACUAUUUGGAAUCGUGAAUCACGGAAGAAGGAAAGAAAGAAAUAACGUUUAUUCUAAAAUUGUACCUACACACACCACAAUACCUAAGCACCAUUGUACACAAAUGUGAUGCGAUGCGUCCGAUACGUACUAUACGGAUCAGUUGAUGCCUACCAUAAAAAGGAAGAAAUUAAUUUUCUAUGAAACUCGUUUCAGAGAAAAAUAUAAUAUUUAAAAUACAAAUGCGAUGUGAUCCCAAGCAUUAUGAUAUACACCAAAUAUUUUUAUAAAAUUAAGAAAGAAAUAAUUAAGUGUCUCGGAUAGUUUCGAAACUAGUCGAGUGAUUUCAACAAAACAUUGUUUAUUUACUCCAUAAUGCGCUUUUUUAUGAAUUCGAUUAUAAUCUUUUGCUAAAUCUUGACAUUCCUUGACACUUUCUAAUACACGCUAUUCUUUAUUUUGAAUCAAAAAGUGUAUAUUAUUAAAUACAUAUCUAGUUUGUGGAUUUAUAACAAAUUUAAUUUAGAGCAUUUACUUAAUCAUUACACAAUAAUUUGACUUUUAUGUAACAACUCUUCACUACUUCUGGCUAACAGAAAAUCUGAACAUCAAAAAAUUUAUCUUUUUAAUUUUAAAUAAUUAUCUAUACUUCUAUAUCUAUACUAAUAUUAUAAAGAGGUAAAGUUUGUAAGUUUGUAAGUUUGUCACAUUUUUUAAAUGGGGUAAUCUUCGGAACUACUGGCCCGAUUUCAAAAAUUCUUUCACCAGUAGAAUGCUACAUUAUCGGGGAGUGCUAUAGGCUAUAUUUUAUAUUAGUAUGAUAUAUAUUCGUCGAGUUAACACAGUUUUUGUCAUACAGGUCAGACCGAAAAUCCUCUUAAGCAGACUUAUUCGCAUGCGCUGCCUAAACCAUUGUGUAAAAUUGAAAUUAAUGUAUGGAGGCUUUAUGUAUCUUCAAAAGUUCUACAAAAAACUCCGCGACACCAUAUAUCUAUCUUCUAUAUAUUAGCAGAUAUAGUACCUUUUGUGUUUUAAAAAUUAUAAAUUUUAUAUACUUAGGUUUGCGUCAUUAUUUAUGCUACUUAACUUAAAUCCUUAUCAAAAUAAAUUAUUUAAUAAUCACAAGGAUAUUAUGGAGAUAAGAUUUGCCCUUUAUAGUAUGUUAAUUAGUUAAAUAGUUUCGGAGAUAAUGCAAAAUUUCUAAAAGACGCAGAAAUUCCGCUACAUGACGCCCCGCGCUUUCAAUUACGUAGUUCCCGUUCCUGUGUGAAUAUGGGAAUCAAACAUAGCCUAUGACACUUGCAAAUAACGUAGCUUUCUAUUGGUAAAACAAUCUUUCAAAUCGGUCCAGAAGUCUCUAUUUUCCUUUGUUAUCGCACCACGCUCAUAGGGCUGGACCGAUUUUGCUAAGGUAAGGUAGGGAAGGUAUAGGGUAGGGAAAGGGAAGAUUACGGGUAGGGUAGGGUACGGGUAGGGUAGGGGUAGGAUACAGUUAGGGUACGGGUAGGGUAGGAGUAGGGUAGAGGUAGGAGAUCGAUACUAAAGCCUAUUUUCUAUUUUUUGUCUGUCUGUUUGCCUUUUUUUGACCGGGCAUCACGCUGAAACUACAGAAUGAAUUCAAAUGAUACUUAAGACGAUUUGAGACCAUAAUACGUAGAAGGAUAAUAGGAUACUUUUUGUCGCGAAAACAAAAUCAGAAAUGGGUGAAGUAGGGGUAGAAAGUUUGUACGGAAGGUCCUUAAUUUUUCUAGGUACAUUUGUAAAUGUAAAAUGAUAAGUGGACUAUUUAUACGGUAUAAGUUAUAAAACUUGCAAAAUAGAAUGUGAAAUAAUGGUUGACAUCGAUUUUUACGCGGACGAAGUCGCGGGCGUCCGCUAGUAUACUUAUAAAAUCCCUUGUACAAUUUUUUGAUUGUUAAUUAUGUUAUAUUAGUAAACUAUUUUGCCUUUUGGACAUUUUUUUCUUUUUGUAUUCAAAAUACACUUCCUCAACAAAUCCCUAUACAAAAUUUAUAGAACGAGAACGCUCGCGUGCGUGGCAUUUGAGAUGUACGCUACCUCCUUAGGAUAGUAUGUGUUUUAGUCAAAUAUAUUUUAUUCAUAGAUACAUUAAUGUAUUAAAUACAUAUAUCAUUUAUGUAUUGAAUACAUGUAUCAUUUGUGUAAUCUGUAUCUUUACUAUUUAGUUCUGUAUUGUAACACUAUUGUAUUAUUGUCUGUAUUGAUGUAUUUUGUUGAUGCCUUUUUAUAAUUUAAUUAAAAAGGUGUAUCUCCUGUCAAUGAUUAAAAAUUGACAUUCAAAAAUAUAAAAUGUGUUUAUAAAUUUUAUUUAUCUGUACCAUAUUUUUUGCAGUAGUAUUAUUGUCUGUAUCGGUGUCUAGAUGUUGAUGCUUUUUUAUAAUUUUAUUUUAAAAAUGGUGACAUUUACCAUUAUAAAAUGUAUUACAUUAUUUAUUUGUAUUAGAACUGUUGCAGUAAUAUUCCUAUAUAGACAUAUAUUGGUGUAUAGAUGUUUAUGCUUUUUUAGAAUUUAAUUUUUAAAAGGUGUAUUUUCUCUCGAUGUUUAAUCGUGACAUUUUAAAUUGUAAAAUAAUAUGUCAAAUCUAUAUUAAAACAUCUGCGACAAUGUCUGUAUCGUUCUAUAGAUGUUUUGUAGUUUUACUUUGAAUAUGUGUGUAUUCAAUAUUCAAUGGUUGAUGUUCAAAAAUAUUAAAUGUUUUAUAUUAUAAUUCAUCAGUGUAUCUAAUGUAUUAUUGUCUGUAUUGAUGUAUACGAAUAGGUGUUACGCCAAUGUAUAAUUUCAUUUUAAAAAGGUGUAUAUUUGUCUUUUUUCAAUAUUCAAACGUGAAUUUUUAAUGAAAACAUUAUAUUAUUUGUCUGUUUUGUACAUGUUGUAUUAAAUGUAUUAUUGCCCUGUAUUGGUGUAUAGGUGUUUAUUCCUUUUAAUAAGUGUAUAUUUCUCAAUUAUUUGCGAAUUUCGUACAUGGUAAUUGUGUUAAUUUAUUUGUCUGUAUGGUAAAUGUAAUAUUGAUAUUGAUGUCUCAUUAUUAUUAUAUGUUUAAUAUAAUUAAUGCUUUUUAUUAUAAUUUCAUUUUAAAAAGGUAUUUAUUUACUAAAUUUAAUUAAAUGCGACAGUAAAAAGUAUAAAAUGUAAUUGAAAAAAAAAUAGAUUGUGUAUAUUCGUGCAUAUACAAAAUGUAUCAAAUUAUUUAGUGUUCUAAUCAAUUGAUGUCUAUGAGCCGUUUAUAAUAAUCUAUUUAUUUAUGUGUCUGUAGGUUGCUUAGCGACAUUGUUGUUUAAUGUAAUAUUGGAUGGAGUUAUUUAGGUAAUAACAAUUAUGUUAAACAAUAUAAUAAUAAAAGAUUACCGAUUUAUUAAUUCUACGACAUUUUACGCCAACGCUUGCUUGAUUGUUGAAAAAGCAGAGAAUGUUGCGUUAAAUUGUAUUCUCAAUUCAUUAUUAGGUAGGAACAAUAAUUUAAAAUUGUACUACUCUUACAAAUAGUGUAUCGACGCAGUUCAUUGUAAUAAAGGUCGCUGCAUACGAAACGUUAAAACGUAGACGGGGCGGCAAUAUCAUCGUUUUAUUGUAUACAUCGUGUUCAAGUUUUCUUCGUCUUAAACCGAAUUCCCUCAUAAUGUACCCAAUGUAUAUUAUCCCAAUGUAUGUUAUUGUAAAAAAAAAAAACAAAGUUCAAUUCAACGAUUGUAACAAAUUUUCAAAAAUCGAUUAUUUUAAAUCAUUAUUUUCCUUGCCGUUCUGCGGCUUAUCGGUCCCUUUGAAGCAUUCAGAAUUUAACAUUAUGGUGUAAUUUUUUUAUAAGUUAAAAGCUUUAUUUCACUAGCGUGUGAAUUAGCUUGAGGUGCAUUUUUAAUACUGUCAAGGGGUUUCUUGUAUUGGACUAAUAAAUGUCGGGGCGGCUUAUGGGCGGCGAAACUAGCACGGUGUAUAUACAAAUUGAUAGAACACUGUAGAACAAAAUAUUUUGUUCCACAGAUAGUAUGGAACAACUAUACGCGACAUGACACGAUAUUUCGAAAAAAUUACGCCCCGUUCUGUCGGAGAAAAACGUUACAUAUGCAGCGGCCUUUAGUCGACGCUGUUUGAAGCUGUCAAGAAACACAAAAUGUACGACAAUAAUAUGUCGAAUGACACAAUUAAUAACAGUUGAUGCAUUCCUUACUACAUUCCUAAGACGAAAAGUUACAGCUGUGUUUGUAGAUUAGGUAUUUUACAGAGAAUAUAAAAAUCAAUGAAUAUUCUUGCCAAAAAUGACAACUUGUACUGCUGAAAUGACACAAGUUGUUUUGUAGGGCAACUAUUAAUUAAAAAGCAUUUAUUAGACAAAUAGGUUUUAUAAUUUAUAAAGAGCUUUGGAUACUUGUUUCAAAGUUACAUCAGUCUGACAGCUUAAGAUUCAAUUUAGUAUGUAAGUUACGUUUAACUUAAUUGGAUUUAGUUCAAUAGGAUCGUAUGUCUAAUAUUAGCCAUAUAUUUUAUGGAUGUUUAUCUCUUAGAUCAAUGUCUAUAUCCUGAAGUUUGUUGUUAUUUCAGUGUUCUUCAUAAUAAUAUUAUGCGUGGUUGAAUUCAUGAAUUGUAUUUAUAUGGAAAGCAUUGUGUCGAUUUGAUUUGUUAUUUUUUUAUCCUUUUUUAUUUUUUUAAUAUUUGUUUUUAUAAUUUAUAAUACUCUUGUUUUUGGUGCUUUUUUUAAAUCUUUAAGAAUACAAAUGAGUAAGUCCUAUUGUGAUUCUGAGUGCCGACGCAUAUCUGGCGAGACAGCGUACAUUAUUUGACAUUGACGUUGAAAUAAAGUAGCAAGUAAUUUAUCUAUCUAAUGUGUGUUCUAUUGAGAACAUUUUGCCAGCUUCCUUUGUGCUGCGCCUCGCCAUAUGUGCACCGACCUUAAAGCUUGAUCCAUUAUCACCAUUCGCCCAAUCUGAUCACCGUAUUCAUAUAGCCGACGUGUAUCAACAAUGUCUAUAUGGCCGGGUAAUAAACCUUUUGUUUGCUUGCUUUAUGCUGCGCCUCGUUAUAUGUGCACCGACCUUAAAACCUGAUAUUAUUAUCAUUCGUCACAUACGUACACAUAUGACGCUUAAUACGGUACUUACGAAUAUACUGGUACGGAUUGGGCGAAUUAUAUAAUUCUAGACUCGGUGUAAACCAUCUACGAGGAAAUCUCGACAAUAGUCUAUCGAUGAUGCGAUCACGAUACGUUAGUGAAAUUAUCGUUUGAUAUAUCGUCACAUUGUAACGAUAAUGUGACGAUAUAUCAAACGCUCUGUAACGCAAAUAGUUCUGCGAACUUGUUGCAAAUCUACCUUGAUAACUUGUCACUUAUUAUUCACUAGCGGACGCCCGCGACUUCGUCCGCCCUUAGACCUCUUUACAGUAGCAUUGCUGUAAAAAUGGAGUAACUUCUUUUCUUUACUGCUCUGCUCCUAUUGAUCGUAGCGUGAUGAAAAGUAUACUAUAACCUGCCCAGGAGUAUGAAGAAUAAUUGUAUCAAGUUUCAUUAAAAUCCGUCGAGUAGUUUUUGUUUCUAUAACGAACAGACAGACAGACAAAAAUUUUACUGAUUGCAUUUUUGGCAUCAGUAUCGAUCUAAUCACCCCCUGAUAGUUAUUUUGGAAAUAUAUUUCAUGUACUGAAUUGACCUCUCAACAGAUUUAUUAUAUGUAUAGAUAUUUGAACAUAUUAUAUUAAUUUCUUUAUAACAUAUACCAGUGUAAACUAAUAGUUAUUUUUUUUUAUAUAUUUAUUUAUUCCAAAGGAGCGUUGUCGAUGUAGAGUGGUUGUUGAAAUAAAAUAAAUGUACAUUUACAUCA